AUGCUUGAGUCAAUUGAAAUGUCGCUCGCGUUCUUCCCCAUUUCCCUCGCGUCCUUGCACCGUCCCUUCUCUCCCUUCGCGCACAUCGCUGUGACGCUUGAGUCGACUGAAAUGUCGCUCGCAUUCCUCCCCAUUUCCCACGCCUCUGAAAGUCACAUUCCUCCUUCUUCCCUCAUCCCUCCCCGCCCCCGCUCUGACCGUUGCCAGGCCAGCAGGCAGCUCGCCUCCUUGCG